UUUUAAGAAUGUCAGUCUGUUUGUCUGUCUUGCGUUACUUUACAGAUAAUGUUAACGGGUUUGUAUGAUUUUUUUUUUAAAUUAAAACGUUUUGGAAGGCUUAUAUUUCGAUUGACUUUUAGGAUUUGGGGAGUUUAUUCACGCAGACCUGGCAACCCCAUUUUCAGCCAUUAACUCACCUUGUGAAAAAUGACAGGCCAUAGCUCUCGACCCAGAAUAAUCACAUUUCUGAAAAUGAUGGCGUUAAGUCUGUUAUUUAUGCUGCUUGUUUUGUUUCUCGUGGCUACAACAAGGACUUUUACGUUAGAGAUAAAUGCAGGACUUCGGCUUGCACGGUGGGGAAAAACAGCACACAUAUCUGCUGAUCUAAGCACCGAGCAGAGGGAAACCCUGCUCACACACUUCAAAGAGGCCAUUCGUAUCCCCACUGUGUCAUUCUCAGAGACUCACCAGAACACAAGUGCUCUGCAAGAGUUUGACCAUCUUAUAAAAAGAGUCUUCCCAACAAUCUUCUCAUCCAAUCUGGUUAAGCAUGAAGUGGUGGGGAACUACAGCCACCUGUUCACCGUGUCAGGCACCGAUCCUGAGCUGGUGCCUUACAUGCUGCUGGCACAUAUUGAUGUGGUGCCAGCCAAUGAGAGUGAUGGGUGGGAGGUGCCGCCCUUCUCAGCCAAAGAGCUGAAUGGGUUCAUUUACGGACGAGGGACCAUCGACAAUAAACAGUCUGUGAUGGGGAUCCUUCAGGCUCUGGAGUACUUGUUGGAGCGAGGAUAUGUUCCACGGCGAGGGUUCUAUAUUGGCCUGGGUCACGAUGAGGAGGUCAAUGGCUAUGCUGGAGCACUAAACAUAGUCAAAGUUCUACAGAGUCGUGGGGUGAAGCUACAGUUUCUUGUAGAUGAAGGCUUUGGAGUACUGGAUGGAAUUAUAAACGGUCUGAAUGGACCAGCUGCACUGAUUGGUAUCAGUGAGAAAGGGCAUGCCACGGUAAAGCUCAGUGUCACUACCGAGCCAGGUCAUUCCUCCAUGCCUCCAAAGCAGAGCAGCAUUGGCAUCCUAGCUGCUGCAGUCACAAGGCUGGAGGAAUACCCAAUGCCUAGAAUGUUUGGCUCCGGCCCUGAGCGAAGCACUUUUGAACACCUUGCACAUAAGUUUGGCCUGCCUCUAAGAUUCAUCACAUCCAAUUUGUGGCUUUUCAGUCCUUUGAUGAGCAGGGUAAUGGAGAGGAAGCCUGAUCUGAAUGCUUUUGUGCGGACAACCACAGCAGUCACCAUGUUCAACUCUGGUGUGAAGGUCAAUGUCCUCCCGUCACAUGCAGAGGCUGUUGUGAACCUGCGCAUCCACUCUGCCCAAACACUGCAAGAGGUAUUGGGGUUGAUUGAAUCCACUAUAUCAGAUGAUCGUGUAAAGAUAAAGCUGAUAAAUGGCUUUGACCCCUUGCCCAUCAGUUCCUAUGAUGAGCAGUCGUUUGGGUUUCAGAUUAUUACGAAGACAGUGUUGGACAUGUUUCCUGAGGUCACUGUUGCUCCAGGUGUCUGUGUUGGCAACACUGAUAGCCGUCACUAUACCCCACUGACCAAGAACAUUUAUCGCUUCGGCCCAACCUGGUUCAAACCGGGUGACCCUCAAAGAUUCCAUGGCAUUAAUGAAAGGAUCUCCUCCAAAAACUACGAGGAGCUUGUGCUUUUCUACUUUCGACUCAUCCAGAACUGUGACAUCAAAGCUCUACCACCAUCGCGCACCAGCCAAAAUGAUCUUUGAUCUAUUCUGAUAAAGUGUAUUUCAGACCCCUUUAAUGGAGUCAUUAACAAUUUAAUAUUUUAAUCUAAACAUCCAGAUAUAUUGAUGGACAAAGUAAUCAUCACUCAGCAAUCAGUCCUCAGUUUUAUUUCAGUUUAUCUGGCUUUCUGUAGGAGGAAAUUUGACUUUGGCUGCCCCGGAUUAAAGUGCAAUUAUCUCAUGGAUAAUUUUAAAUGCGAUGCAGUGUAUGUGUAACUGUAGUGUAUGUAGUAACUGUAGUGGGGACUGAAUUGUAUGAUAUGAUCAGUGCUGUGUAUUUGCUGAUGGGCUGGGUUACUGAAAAUACGACUAAUAUAGACGAUGACUACUUCUUCUUUUGGCUGCUCCCAAUUAGGGGUCGCCACAGCAGAUCUUUCGUCUCCAUUGCUCCCUGUCUUCCGCAUCCUUCUCUACCACACCUGCCACUUUCAUGUCCUCUCUCACCACAUCCAUGUAUCUCCUCUUUGGCCUUCGUCGUUUUCGUGUGCCUGGCAGCUCCAUCCUCAACAUGCUCUGCAUCUCUUCUCAGGAUGUGACCAUAUCAUCUCAGCCUCAUCUCUCUUAGCUUAAUUCCCAAGCUCUCCACAUGUGCUGUCCCUCUGAUGUGCUCGUUCCUUAUCCUGUCAAACCUUGUCACUCCCAUCGCAAACCUUAACGUCCUCAACUCUGCCACCUCCAACUUUGCCUCCUGUCUCUUCGUUAAGGGUACGGUCUCCAAUCCAUACAUCACAGCUGGUCUCACUACUGUCUUAUACAUCUUACCUUUCGCUUUUGCUGGGACUUUCUGAUCACAAAUGACUCCCGAAAUCCUUCUCCAACUGCUCCACCCUGCCUGCACUCUCUUUCUCACCUCACUAUCGCAGCCCCCAUUUUCCUGCACAGUUGACCCCAGGUACUUGAAUUCACCAACUUUCUUUACGGCUACUCCUUGCAUCUUCACUACACUCUCAUCCCCAUUCUCAUUGAUGCACAUGUAUUCUGUCUUGCUACUGCUCACCUUCAUUCCUCUUCGUUCCAAUGCAUAUCUCCAUCUCUCCAAACCCAACUCAACCUCCUUUCUACUUUCACCACAUAUCACGAUAUCAUCCGCAAACAUCAUGUUCCAUGGUGACUCUUGCCUUACUUCGUCCGUCAAGCUAUCCAUCACUAUGGCAAACAAAAAAGGACUCAAAGCAGAUCCUUGAUGGAGUCCCACCUUCACCUUGAACCAUUCAGUUGUUCCAACUGCACACCUCACUGCUGUUUCACUGUUCUCAUACAUGUCUUGCACCACUCUAAUAUACUUCUCAUUCACUCCACUCUUUCUCAUACAAUACCAUAACUCAUCUCUCGGCACUCUAUCGUAUGCCUUCUCCAGGUCUACAAACACACAAUGUAGCUUUCUCUGGCCUUCUCUGUACUUUAGACUGUUGUUUAAAAAAAAACCCACAAGCUUACACUGUGCGGCCAAAGGUUUAUGGACACCUGUUCAUCACACCCCUACAUAAACAUCACAUUCUAAAUGUAGUCCUCAUUUGUUUUUAUGUCCACUCUUUUGGGAAGGCUUUCCACUAGAUUUUGGGAUCUGACUGUCUGGCUGGCAUUCAUGAGGUCAGGCGCUGAUGUCUGGUGUGGAAGCCUGAGUCACAGUCAGUGUUUUAGUUCAUCUCAAAUAUAUUCACUGGGUUGAGGUCAGGGCUCUGACCAGGCCACUUGAGUUCUUCCACACUACCUUGACAAACCAUGUCUUCAUGGACCUUGCUUUGUGCACAGGGGCAUUGAGCUGCAUGUUUGAGCCCCUUAGUUCCAGAGAAUUGAAAUUAUACUGAUAGCAUACAAAUCUAUUCUAUGAAAUUGUGUGCUUUCAACUUUGUGGAAACAAUUUUGGUCAGGCCUUCAUGUACUUUUGUCUAAUUUUGCCUGAUUCCCAGCACCUCCAUUGUGUGCCUGUGUGCUUUUAAACAUACUGUGCAAUGACCCUAACCCAUAACUAUGUCAUCGCUUGUUUACCACAGUGCAUUAUGGGCAAUACCCGGGGUCAGCUCUGCCAUAUUGUUUACGUUCGCCUUUGUUAAACCCCACAUUGUUCUGUCUAACCACUUUUAACCAUGCCUAAAGUGAAUUUCUGUGUGCCUUACUGCGUCUCCACAACAAAGAGAACACCUAAUUUGAGCUUUUAUCAGCUGCCAGACGAGAACAAAGAAAUGGAUAAGUUUAAUCCGCAACAAAAACCUUUGAACUGAAUCAAAAGGGACAAGUGUUUGUACCUUACAUUUCUCUGUUGGGGAAAAAGACAUAUUUAAACUGUGACCCAGCAAUAUUUCCAUAGUCUGCAGAAUGGCCUUCAGUUAUAGAAGAUUAUAACAAUCGACGCUAGAGGUGCAACGGUUUACCGCAGUGCAUCGAGAACCGAUUCCACCACCUUCGGUUCGAUAUUCAAUGUCAAAUCACCUUGUUUCGGUUUGGUACUCCAUACUGAGUACUCCAACAUUACUGCUCGGCUCAGGCAAUUACUAAAAUCCGGGACAGAACGGAACGUCACUGGUUUUAGCAACAACCGCAGGGAGGUCACUGCCUGAGCGAUAGGUCAUGUCCCGUUCCAUCCCGGGUUUUACCAACAACCCUCAGCUCACACUCCGGGAGAACUGGUGCAACUGAACUUACUUUCCUUUUUAAAAAAAUUAAAAAUAAAAACUUUUCUUGUAGUUUUAUUUAAUUGUUGGUACUGCACCCUCUUUCAAUACGGGCUGGUGUUUUUGUGGCAAAAGUGGAACCUGCUAAGAGCCUGUUUGACCAAGUUAAAUCUGAAAUUCAGAAUUACAAAGGAGAAGAGCUUCUUAAAUCAGAUUCAGACCCCCUUGCUUGGUGGAGAGCUAUGUCUGUGCAGGGGAAAUGCCCAAUCCUCUCGCAAUUUGCAAAGAAAACCUUAGGUGUACCAGCAACCAGUGUUGCCAGUGAAAGUGUUCUCCACAGCUGGAGACAUUGUAACUGCACAGAGAGCUUGUCUGUCAAGUGAGAAUGUUGAAAUGCUUGUGUUCUUAGCAAAAAACAUCAAAAUACCUGAUGACCUGAUGUAGUCUGUGUAUGGCAACAUUUCUGCAUUUCUUUUGGCCACCCCUGCACUGUAAUGUGGCAUCUGUACUGUUCUAAAAUCUAGACCAAAGCAAGGGAGACUUCUCAUGAUGCAUUAACGUUGUUACCACUAUUGACUUUUGUGUAGUCUUGUAAAUGUCUUAUUUGACAUAUUAUGUUAUGUGAUGUAUUUGUUUGUGAUCUCAUCUCAUUAUCUCUAGCCGCUUUAUCCUUCUACAGGGUCACAGGCAAGCUGGAGCCUAUCCCAGCUGACUACGGGCGAAAGGCGGGGUACACCCUGGACAAGUCGCCAGGUCAUC